CCACCCUUUGUGUUACCUACCGCCCGUCAAUCAAAAUAGAAAAAAUACUGACAGUUAUCACCUAUUUUUACGCGCAUACAAUCAAUUUAAUUUGGUGAUCAUGUCCGGUGGCUUGUGACCAUCAGAGCCCAACGUUUCAAAGCAAGUCACGCAAUGACUGCCCCAGAACAGCCGAUGAGACCAGAGGAUAUGGCUGCAUUGGACGCGGACAGUAGUCAAAGCGACUUUCUGCAGCAGGAGGAAGGCACAGGCAAUCAGGACACUCAGCCAUCACCUCUCGACCUCCUAGCAACCACCUGCACUAAGGCUGGGCCACCGUUGUCAGAGGUGGACAGAGGUGGUGCCGCUGCUGUGACAUCGGACCCAUCAACGCAUCUCACUGGGACUGAUAAAUGGGAGGUGCUGACCCCAACGUCAUCAAAGGAUGAGUCUGGAAUGAUACAAAUCCAAAGUCAGGGAAUACUGACAUCAAAUGGACAGUAUGUUCUUCCUCUACAGAACUUACAGAGUCAGCCAAUCUUCGUGACUUCGGGAACAGACACUUCCUCUGCCAAUUCAGUGCCUAACAUUCAGUACCAAGUGAUUCCUCAGAUUCAGACAGCCGAUGGACAGCUGAGCUUCUCCACAUCCGGCGUGGAGGGAGCCACUCUGACUCAGGAUGCCACGGGGCAGAUUCAGAUCCUGCCAGAUGGCAGCCAAAGUCUGAGUGUGACAUCUGCUGCAAACAUCCUUAAUAACAACCAGAACCUCAUUUCACAGACUGCUAAUGUCCAGCAGAUCCAGGGGGUUUCUAUUGGCAGCUCCACUUUCAACAACCAGGGUCAGGUUGUUACUAAUGUGCCUGUGGGUCUGCCGGGGAACAUCACUUUUGUUCCUAUUAACAGUGUGGACUUGGACUCUCUCGGCCUGUCCGGCGCUCAGACGAUAGCGACUGGGGUCACUGCUGACGGCCAGCUGAUUAUGACGAGUCAGCCUGUGGACAGCUCAGAGAGUCUGGCGAAGACGGAUAAUCACCUCUCACAGACACUACCGGUAAAUGACUCGAAUGCAAAUCCGGAGAUUUUUGUGCCAACGUCUUCCUCUCAGCUUCACAUUCCAGCAAACGAAUCAGGUCUACUCACGCAGGACGCAUCGCUGUCCUCAGUGACCACAGAGCAAGCUGACUCGAGUUCUGGUCUACAGGGGGGUUUCAUCCAGCAGAACCAGGAGCAGAGUGUGCAGGUGUCCUCGGCCCAACCCAUCCUGCAGCUGCAGCAGGUGCCGAUACAGACGACCAACGGUCAGGUGGUGCAGUCUGUGGCGACAGGUGGGCAGAACCUGCAGAAUGUGCAGCUGAUAAACCCGGGGACCUUCAUCAUCCAAGCGCAGACAGUCACACCGUCAGGCCAGAUUCAGUGGCAGACCUUUCAGGUGCAGGGAGUGCAGAAUCUGCAGAACCUCCAGCUGCCCACAACACCUCCACAGCAGAUCACAUUGGCUCCUGUCCAGACCCUGUCCCUGGGUUCCAAUCCAGUAAGCAUCAGCACAGGGCAGAUCCCCAACCUGCAGACAGUGACGGUCAACUCAGUGGCCCAGCAGGAAGGAGACACGGGCAACGCUGGAGACAUCCGUAUAAAAGAAGAGCCGGACUCUGGAGACUGGCAGCUGAGCACUGACUCCACCCUGAACACCAGCGAUCUGUCAAACCUUCAUGUCAGGCUGGUGGACGAGGAGGAUCAGCUGGGCCAGGAGGGCAAAAGGCUGCGGCGAGUGGCGUGUACCUGCCCUAACUGUAAAGAGUCAGGCGGCAGAGGAUCCAGCACAGGAAAGAAGAAGCAACACAUCUGCCACAUCGCGGGCUGCGGGAAAGUAUAUGGAAAGACGUCGCACCUGCGAGCACACCUGCGCUGGCAUUCUGGGGAGCGACCUUUUGUUUGCAGCUGGAUGUUCUGUGGAAAGAGGUUCACACGCAGCGACGAGCUUCAGAGACACAGGAGAACACACACAGGAGAGAAGAAGUUUGUCUGCCCCGAAUGUUCCAAGCGCUUCAUGCGGAGCGACCACCUGGCGAAGCACAUUAAAACCCAUCAGAACAAAAAAGGCGUGAACUCUGGCAGCGCCGUGGUGGCCUCGAUGGAAUCGGCGGGGUCCUCAGACAGUAUCAUCACCACGGCAGGCGGGACCACCCUCAUCCUCACCAACAUCCAGCAGGGGUCCAGCACCGCCCAGGACAUCCUGGCCAACGCAGAGAUCCCUCUGCAGCUCGUCACCACGGUGGCGGCCAGCGAAGUCAUGGAGUGAUUUACACUCCACUUAUGAACUUCUGCAGCCUCUCUCAUACUGUAUACUCCUACCUGCAUUUUUAUUCAAGUUUUGAAGAAAAACUAUAAAUAUAUAAAUAUAUAUUUUAACACAAAAAUAGUCAAACCAUGUCCAGUUUUUACUGAAAGAAAAACUAGUAGUGAAGACUUAAAGAAGAUGGAAAAGACAUUGCAGUAAACACACAAGGAAAUGCCUUAUUUUGUACAAUAUUGUGUCAUCGAAAAUGUAGGAUGCCAUUUGUUUGGAUUUUUAUUUGUUUUUCACAAAAUUAUCGGUAAGAUGAGCGAAUCUUCUCCUUGCCUUUCUUUUCUUUGAUGGUAUAAUCUUAUGGUAAGGUUUGUUCUGUAUUCCUUUUCGGUCAAAGACAAAAUCUCACAAGAAAGCUAAUUUUAUCAGCUGAAGUCAUUUUAACGCUUACGUCCAUGCAAUUUUAUUCAUGUCAUGUGUUUUCGUUUUAAUAUUAUGCAUUAAUUCUUUCCAGUGUCCUUGCAGAAUAGCGAGCCUUCCUGCCUUCCUUAAUUGCUCACAUUUACAGAUGAAAAUCAAAACAAUCAAAACUUUUCUAUUGUAAUUGAUCUUGAACUUCAACUGUUGGUAUGAUACUCAUUAUUUGCUUGUUAAAUAUUUUGACUGAAUAGCUAUUUAUAUCAGGCUUUACUUAAAAAUGCAUUUGUAAUAUUAAAAGUCCAAAAUAUUUCAAAAGGCUCCACUAUAUGUGAUUAAAUGUGUUUUUGUAAAAAGAACUUUUUGGAGGAUUUUCGACAACAAAAUUCUUGCAUUGUAAUAUGAAGAAAAAGCCAUUUUUUUGGAGGUUAUUGCCAAAUUCGUCUCCACUCUCAGGGUGACUUUGUGACUGUGAUAUGAGUAGAGUAAAAUCACCCCUGUAGCUGCUCGGGCCAUGGUGGGAUGUUGUGAAGAAAUGUAUUUUUUUUCUUUGAUGGACCAAAAGCUGAAGUGAAAUAAGCUGUCACCAUGUUACCUGUGCUCGCUGAAUCCUACCAUGUCACUGUUUUUGUUUGGUUGUACAAUAAUGACACGUGGGUUAAUGUUCUAGAAUCAGCUCUGCUGGAUUCUCCACACGUUUAUCGCUCUGUCAUGCAGUUUAAAAUCAGUGUAGGUCUGAAAGCGGUACUUUUAACAGCACUAUUUUCAUCACUUUUCAUCUUGUUUAUCCUUUUGUAUAAAAUGUUUUGUACACUCUUGGAGGAACUCUCCUUUAUAGUCAUUGUCGGUAAAUGUAAAUUGUUUUUUUGUCUUUGUGUUGAUGCUUUUUCUUUGAUUGUAUGUUGCAUUUUCCUGUUACAUGUUUUUUUAUUUUGAUUUUAUCUCUGAACCUCCCAAACUGUUGAAUUGUUAAAUUGAAUACACACUGACUCUGAAUUAUGGUGGCAUAUUUGAUUUAAUAAUUUUUUUCAAUUGGAUAUCUCCAGCAGAAUCAUUUCUCUUGACAUGGACACCCUCUUGAUUCACUUGAUCAUUCUUUACCAUCUGAGUUGCAAAUACCAAGAUGCUUUAAAGAGCGUCUUUCUCUUCUGUAUAAAUAUGUUGAUAUAACAUCAAUAUAAACGUUUCUGUUACA